AUGGCUGCUACACCCAGCCUGCAAACCACAACUCCCGAUGCUUGCACUUCCUCUUUGGCGCCUGCGGGCGCGCAUGCCGACGAUCUCCCCCCGGAGCUCCUGCUCAUCAUCUUUGGCUUUCUCGAUCCGGUGACGCUCAACCGCGUCGCCGGUGUGUCGAGGAGUUGGCGGCAAUGGGCCCGCGAUCCGGUGCUGUGGAAGACGCUCUCCGCCCGCCACUUUCCGGCCACGCGCGGCUCAAGGCCAUCAACCGACUGGUACAAGCUCUACCGCGGCAUGUUCCUCGCUCAAGUGCCGCGGAAGCGGGCGGCCAUUCUGCGGGCAACCGACUCGACCGUCGACGUCCCGCCGCUCCCGCGGGCUCGGCCGCGGCCUUCGACCCGUGGCCGGCUCGCCACGCUCGUUUUUCCGCGCCUGCCGUUUGCGGUUGACCUCGACGAGAUUCGGGGUCUCGCUUCUGCGCACGGCUUUGUGCUACAGGCCAUCAUCCGGAGGCGGCGGGCGUGGCGCGGGACAGAUCGCGUGUGGUCCCACCCACGGCCUGCGCGUUCUGCCACCAGCUCGGCCACCGGCCUCGACGCGUGGGCAGAGGUCUUUAUCAGGUUCCAUCGUCCUGUCGACGCCCUUGCUGCUGCCGCGCAUCUAGCCGACCUCACCUUUAACGGCAUCCGCGUCGGCGUCGCCUGCCGCGACAUGCAUCUGUGA